GCUGUCCCUGAGCACAUCGACUUCUCUCGUUCGCGCACUUGGCUCGGCCUCCUCUGCAACCAUGUCUGAUAAACCCAAUAUGGCUGAGAUUGAGAAAUUCGAUAAGUUGAAACUGAAGAAGACAGAAACGCAAAAGAAAAAUCCACUGCCUUCAAAAGAAACGAUUGAAUAAGAGAAG